AUGGAUCCAAGUACAUAAUGGAAAGAAUUAAAUAAAAAAUACUAUAAGUUUCAUUAAUUCAAUCCCAUAACAGGUGAACAAAAGUUCCUUGACUUUUACUAUUAGCAUAUAGCUGUAGCCAAAUGGGGGGGUCCUUUGGCAGCAACUAAAAAUUUUGAUUAGGUUAUACUCAUGCGUACAGAUGAUAUUCUCAAAGAUUCCAUAGUAUUCUUCACAAACAGCGGUAAAAUUAUGUCCAGAACUCCAUACAAAGAAGCCGAUAAGGUAAAAUGAAAAUAAUCAAUUUAGAUUCCAUUAUUUGAUUUUCUUGAGGAUGAACAUCUGAUAUUACUCAAAGCAAGUGGUGUUUACUAUAUAAUUGAUCCUUUCAAAGGAACCAAAAAAAACCAUGAUUUAGGGGAGCAAUUCAAGCUAAAUCAAAUUUAAAGUGCACUCAUCGUGAAUAAUGGAUUUGUAUUGAUGGCAAUGAACUUUGAGUUUUAUUAUGUCCAAAAUGCUCAUGAGCCUGAAGUAUAGUAAUUUAAACCAUCCAAUCUUACUUAAUUCCCAGAGCAUUGGUUAGUGAUUCCUUCUGACAAGUCAUCAAGUGGUAAAGUAGAAUUAUUGAUUGCCAAUCCUGAUGGAGGCAUACUACACAUAAUUGAGAAUGAGAAAUGGAAGAUUUAUUAUAAUAAAGAUAAGAUUACAACCGAAAUUGAUAAGAAACUUCCUGAUCUAAGAAAUAUUAAAAUGUUAAGUCUAUCACCAACUUAUAAAAAUUUAGCCUUGUUGUAAUAUUAUGGUUAAAGGUGGAUUAUGGCUUUUAUUACUAACUAUUUUGAAUCUUCAGAGUAUCGUCAGAUGCCCAUAGAUUUGAAAGAGGAUGAUGUAAAAAAAGAUGAGACAGCAGAGAAAGAUCUCAGCAUUUUGGAACGACCAAGAAAGAUGUUUUGGUGUGGAGAUGAUUGUGUAGUUCUAUAAUUGUAAUAAUACAUUGUUUUAGUAUCCCAAGAUUCCUAUACAAAAAUAAAAAUGAAUAAUUAGCAUUUUGCUAUGAAAUCUGAGUAUGAUGGUUUAAGAGUGUUAACACAAAAAAAGAAUGAAAUUUUAAGGAAAUUGCCUGAUUCAUAUAUUAAUGUAUUUGAAUAACUGUCUGUAAAACCAGGGGCUUAAUUGUAUUGUGCUUAUGAGUCCUUUGAACAAAAGAAUCCAAUUGAGGAUGAUGAAUUGAGAAAUAGUAAAAGUCUGUUGAGUGAGGCAGUCAGUGAUUGUGUAAGAUGCGCUUAAUUUGAAAUAAACCCUGAAUAUUAGAUUAAAUUAUUAAAGUCUGGAAAUUAUGGCAAGAUCUUUUUGGGAACUCAAAAUUUAGAUCCAAAUAUAUUUAAUGAAACAGCUCGAUAUUUGAGAGUCGUGAAUUCGUUGAGAAGAAGUGGAGGAGUGGGAGGAAGAGUGGUAACAUAUGAAUAAGUAUUGCAAUUAAUCAAGAUUCCAGAUAUUAUGAUUGGGUUGCUAUUGAGAUAUAAUUUACAUUACCUGGCUGUUGAAGUUUCUAAUUUUCUUAAAUUUUAAAUCAAAUAAAGGGCCUCUAUUUAUACACAUUGGGCUUGUCGCAAAGUUGAGGUUCAAGAAGACGAUGAUGUCCUUUGUGAAAUAAUUAAGGAGAAGAUUAAGGAAGAAAGAGGGGUCUCAUUCACUUAGAUUGCAUAGAAAUCAAUUGAAAUAGGAAAAUAAUAAUUGGCUUUAAAACUAUUGGAUAAUGAGUAGAGUCUGUCAAAACGAAUUCCAGUUUUGAUUUGGAUGGCCAAUUUCUAAUCAUCUAACAAUAAUAACUCUUAUUAUGAAAAAGCUUUAGCUGAUGCAAUCAUUUCAAAAGAUUCCAAUCUAAUUUUUUUUGUGAUAAUGAAAUUCUUAAAAACUGAAAUGAAUGAAACUUAUAAAUUUAGCACUCUCUCUCAGAAUCCCAUCUCAUAAACAUUGUUAGUCUAUUAUUUAAGAAAUUUUGAUGAUAAAUAUUUGUAAAAAUAUUUACAAUAUUACAAGAAAUUUGAUGAAUGUGGCUUAUUAGCAAUCAACUAAGCCUAUCAACAAAACAAUUUAGAUGAGAAAAUCAAAUUCUUAGAUCAAGCUUUAAAGUACUUUGCAGAAGACGAAACCGACUAAUUUUAUAAGAGAAUCAUUGCUGAAUAAAUCAUUAUCCUAAAAGAUUUGAAAUCAGAAGUAGAAAAAGGCAGAAAGAAGCCAAACCAAGCCAUCAUGGAAGAAAAACCUAUUAAUUCAAUCAUGGAAGCCUUUUUCGUUAAAGACAAACCAGAUUUCGCUCACGAAUUCGCUAAAACAUACAAGAUACCAGAUCGUAGGUAUCAUCUUUACUUAUUAAUAGAAUCUAUUUGACUAGAGUUAAAACAUUGAUCAAUAAGAAGAAUUGGGAUGAAUUGGAUAAAUUUAUGUAGGAGAAGAACAAGAAAUCUAUUAUAAUACCAUAUGAAUUAGUUUCAGAACUAUUGUUUAAAGCAGAUCAAGAGGAAAGAGGCAUUUCUAUACUUAUGAAAAUGCCUGAUGUUGAGGUAUUCGUAUAGUAUAUUCUAGGAAUCCUGUAGAACCUUAAUAAGGAUUGGAUAGCAGACUUCUGCCGUUCAGGUUGCAAUAAACAAUAAAAAAACCUAAUUACUUUAUGAUAUUAGGGGGUUGAUCUUUGAUAAUUCAGCCAAGGCAUUGCUGGAAACCUAUUUAAGCCAAAAUCAAAAAUGAAUA